AUGGAUUUCCACUUUGCUUUCUUGCUGCUGCAGGUGAACCUGAUCAACCAAGGAGCUCUUGAUGCUCCCUUCAGCUGCAUCCCUUCAGCAACAAAGGUGGGCUUGGGCUUCAAGUUGGCACCCCAGGAGGGCAUCAUUGCAGCAGGUGGGAGCCAGACUCUCCAGAUCUCCUUCAGUGCCACCGUGUUGGGGAGGUUUGAGGAAGAAUUCCGGUUCAGUGUGGCUGGAUCUCCUACGCCUGCCAUCCUGACCAUCAAGGGCAGCGUCACUGGACCGAGUUUGCACUUCGACCUCCCUGAGCUCGACUUCGGGGACAUCUCCUUUGGCUUUCCCUACACCCAGCGCUGCCGGCUCACUAACAGCUCCCCGGUGCCCGUGACGUUCCAGCUCCGCAUGUCGUUCGAUGGCACGCAGCCGGCUGUGGACAGCGUGGAUCAGAUCCGCUGCCACAGUGACCCAGCCUGGAGGAAGGGCGUUCACUUGUAUGUGGAGCCCCGGGAGUUUACCAUCACUCCCAGCCAAGGGACCAUCCUGCCCCAUGGACACCAGGACAUCCAGGUGACCCUGUGUUCCAACUCGGUGAUGGAGUUCUACAGGAAAAUGCUGGUGGAUCUGGAGGGUUUUGGCAAGGGAGUGGCAUCAUUGGUCAUCACAGCCAGAUGUCUUGUUCCUAAGCUGCAAGUGUCCCCCCACGUGCUGCAGUAUGAUGAGUGCCUCCUGAAGGUGCCCUACGAGAAGAAGUUCAUCAUUAGGAAUCCCAGCCACCUGCCUGGCUGCUACGGGCUUAUUGAACAGAAACGCAAGGAGGACUCUGCUGUGCUCUACUCCAGCCCCAAGCCCUGUGGGAUUGUCCAGCCUCACAGCACUGCAGAGAUCCCAGUGCUGGUGGAAGUGCAGGCGCUGGGCACGCAUCGCACCAAUGUUCUCAUCGGCGUGUUCGGGGAUGAGAGAAACCCCCUGGCUUCCAGUAUCCUGCCAGUGUCAGGUGUGCUGCAGCCAGGAGAGAGCCAGCAGGUCUCCUUGCCCUUCUCUGGCCACCUCAACAGCAUCUCCAGUGCCACGGCGCUGUGCCACAUGGAGGGAGGCCCCAGCUCCGAGGUGCUGGUGCCCGGGGAGGCCUCACGUGUCAGCUGCUCCCCGAGCCCCCAGGAGAUCAACUGUGGCUCUGGGGCACCUCUCAGGGAGAGAAGGGAGCUGAAGCGGCCGUCUCCAAAGCUUGAGGAGGAGGCAAAAGCCUUGGCGGAGGAAGAGAGGCAGAAGGAGAAAGAGAAGCAGAAGAAAGAAAAGAAGGGUGUCUCUGUGGGGAAGCAACCUCCAAAAGCAGAGAAGGGGAAAACCAAACCCACAGAGAAGAAGGAAAGCAAGGCCCCAGAGAACAAGGACACCAAAAUCCCACCAAGGAAGGAAAUCAAAGAACCAGAGAAGAUGGAAAACAAACUUCCAGAAAAGAAAAACAACCAUCCAGAAAAGAAAGAAACCAAAAUCUCAGAGAGGAAAGAAAGCAAAGCCCCAGAGAAGAAGGAAAGCAAGGCCCCAGAGAAAAAGAACACAAAAGCAUUAGAGAGGAAGGAAACUAAAUUCCCUGAGAAGAAGGAAACCAAAGCCCCAGAGAGGACGGAAAGCAAACUCCCAGAAAAGAAAUACAAACCUCCAGAAAAGAAGGAAACCAAAUUCCCAGAGAGGAAGGAAAGCAAGGCCCCAGUGAAGAAGGACACCAAAGCAUUAGAGAGGAAGGAAACCAAAUUCCCAGAGAAGAAGGAAAACAAAGUCCCGGAGACGAAGGAAAUCAAAAGCCCAAAGAAGGAAAGCAAAGCCACAGAGAAGAAGGAAAUGAAAAGCCCAGAGAAGAAGGAAAGCAAAGCCCUAGUAAAAAGGGAAAUCAGAAUUCUAAAGAAGGAAACCAAAUCUCCAGAGAAGAGAAGCAAACCUCCAGAAAAGAAGGAAACCAAAUUCCCAGAGAGGAAGGAAAUCAAAAUCCCAGAGAAGGAAAUCAAAGCACCAAAAAAGAAGGAACCCAAAGCCCCAAAGAAGGGGGAAGCCAAAGCCUGAAAGAAGGGAGGAACCAAAAUCCCAGAGAACCCAGUUGAGCUGGAGAAGAACUCUUUAUUUUAUUCACACAACUUAUUUUAUA